UUGACAAUUGAAAACACCAGGGAGGGGUCCUCUCUUAUCGAACAAUUUGUCAUGUUGUGCUUUGUCGAAUUCAAAGUGAGGCGUGAGGCUCAUAGCAUCGCACUGCGACCGAUCAGUGACUGCCAUUGCCCGCGAUCAACCUUGUUCCCAGGGUCUCUCAUAGGUGAAAUACUUCUAGUUGCUUCAUGCUACGGAAACUAGGAUAAGCUUGAGCCUGAUGGACCACUUGGCUUGUAUACAGAAUUUGCCAUUACCUCACCUACAAGUAUGCUUGGAGAAUUCUUUUUUUAAAUCAGCCAACCGCUCCCUCAAAAGUUAAAUGGUUUGUCUAUCCCUUAAUUAACUUAUAUGGGAGCUGGCUCUUUUCUGGCCAGUGAUGUCUUGGAACUAGUUUCCGUCGGUGGUAAAUAUGAGCUUCAGCCAUAUCCAAUAAAAGGAUUCUGGUAGCUCUUAGGGGUCUUUUACAUUACUAACACAGUUUUCUUGAAGGAAUUUCCGUCAUUUUACAGGAGUCUCCCAGGGGACCGAUGGGAAUAAAAUGUUUUAAACAUUACAGAGCACUCAUAUUUUUUACCUGAUGUAAAUGGAUAAUUUCCUCUGUUUUUAAACUGUCCCAGUUGAAAGCAUUAUUUUUCAGCUUCCUCUGUAUCUCAAACAUUAACUUUACAUCCUUUCCUAACUGCUUGCUUCCUGAGACAAAUGAGUUAAUAACUUUACGAAAUUUUUGAAUCCGCGAAUCGCCGGAUCUCGUCCCAUUAAUUGAAGAGGUUGAAAAGUUUGCUUGACGGCAAUCCAGUCGAUUAUAAACAGUUCCAACAACUCCAACGUGACUGAAAGUUCUUUGGUGAAGUCCAUAGAAGUGGCAAUUUGUCGAAGAACGAUAGUACAAAUUGAAACACCGCGUUGCUCGACGAAAACUUUGCAUCGCCAUAUUUAUUUUCCGAGUCUAUAUUUGUUUCCAGGUUGCUCUCUCGCAUAGAUCCUCAUCGGGGUAGGGUGACGGUACAGGGUCAACUGUUCAAAGUCCUGCUUACUAACACAGUGGUUGACAUAAAACCUUAGCAAAAGAAUCGAUUUUCCUCAGAGGAAUCUAAAAGCUAAGCCAUGGACCUCAAAAACACCUCAGCUAACUUCUCCAAAAGCUUUCUUUCCCACCCUGCCCUACCAAAAUUAUCCUUUUCUUUCCCAAGCCCCUCUCGGAAAGUGUGGGCAAACAUGGCGGCCCGGCGCGUUCUAACCUAUCGGGAAGUAAAACACUGAGUAUUUCUUUACCAUUUUAACGCAAACAAAAAAUAAUAAUGAUAAUAGUUACUAGAGCACUUCUUCAAAAAAGCUGUUGCUUUCAAAACGGAGCAAGGACUAAGGAAUGGCAAAUAUGGUGCCGCCUGCUUCACGGAACAAAAUCUCGUGACCAGAAAUUCCCGGGAAAGUGGUUUUCUAGAGCUUCGAAUGUCAUGUAUGUGAAGAGUGAAAACGUACUUCGAUACUCUUAUGAGAAGCUUGGUGGCUUUGUUCAAGCUUUCGAAGAUCUAGUGGGGAUUUCCGAUGUGCAAGAAGCUCAGACGAGCGUCAAGAAAGCAGAGAACGAAUUCAUGACAACUCGAGGUCAGGUCCAAUCAGCAAGGUCCUCACUAAGCUCUGUUCAGGAGAAGCUAAAAGAUGUGCGCCGUAAAUUGGACCGAAUUCCUCGUGAUGACGAACGUUAUCUAGCUUUAGCGACAGAGGAGCAUCGGAUUCUGGUUGAAGAGAAAAGGAUUAAGAGCGAAUAUGAACAUUUGGAAGCUUUGGAGAGAGAUCAAUUUGCGCUUCUGUCUGGAGCUGUUAGGGAUUCUCAUGAAAGAGAGAGAGCUAGAGCGGAGAGGACUAAGCACUGGUCUGUGAUUGGCUCUGUUGGUGGUGCAGCACUUGGAAUCCUAGGUUCCUCCAUAGUGAACUACAUCCGCUUGAAGCAGAUCAAAAACUCCAUUAAGGAAACAGGAAUCACAUUAAUGCAAAAGACUGAUGAGCUUACAGAUCUAGUAAAAGCACAAGAUAAUCAAAUGGGUUCACAAGCUAGUGAGCUUAAGGAAUCUUUCUCUACACAAAGUAAAUUACUGGAACAAAAGCUUGAAGAAUUGGGAAGUGUCUUGAACUUUGUUACUCUGAAUUCAGCCUCUGAUCCUCUCAAGGAGUUUGGAAUCCAUAUUCAGCCUCCUGUAUAUGCUAAGAGCUUUGCAAGUGGACAAUCUUCGGUAACUCAAAACCAAGGACCAAACCAACACCAAGGAAACAUUGCUGACAUGACAAAAAGCCUUACAUCAAGAAUUGACUCAGUCAUCGAGGUUAUGAAAAUCAAUCAGUACAAAACACAAGGAGAUUUUCAGACACUAAAGCAGUACCUGGAGAAACUUGACAGCUCUGUUCUUCAACAUGAAGAAAGAACUGCAGAGGAGUUAGAGAAAUUAGCCAUGUGCAUCAGGGACAAAUCUGAUCUCAGCAGUGGUGUUGAAGAUGCUUUAAUGCCCAAGAAAUUUGCAGAAAGUGAUCAGUGGUGGUCAAAAGCAAGCACAAUGACCUCAAUUCUUUGCACCAUUUUGACAGCUACUGUUCUUCUGCAUGAGUUUCUUAAGUAAAUAAUGAAAAGGUUAUUUAUUAGUAAGAUGUGCCUGACUUGUGUUGGUGCCAUGGUUGCCAGUGAACACAACCCCCACCUGAAGGGGUGAUAUAGGUGACAGAGGUACAGGUGGGCAAUGUAUAAGGGUGACAAAUGGUGUCUAGAAAAUAGUGGAUCGCAGAAACCUUUGGUGCAUACAUACACAAACUUUAUUUUAAUUUGCUC